AGAAUGAAAAGGUUUAGUCGCCCGUGGGUUAGGUAAGCCGUAUUUGUAAGCCAUCUCAGUGAGCGACUUCACAAAAUAAUUCAAGUAAAAAAAAAGAACACAAAAAUGGCGGACAAAAAGAGAGUGAGGUACUUCAUCGUUGAUGCAUUCACUGAAUCCGCCUUCAAAGGAAAUCCAGCUGCUGUUUGCUUUCUGGAAGACGGUAACGAGAGAGACGACGUGUGGCUUCAGUCUCUUGCUACCGAGUUCAACAUCUCCGAGACUUGUUUCCUCACUCCGAUCACCUUGUCCGACGGUGGUUUCCCUCGCUUCCGUCUCCGCUGGCUUACUCCACUCGCUGAGGUAGAUCUGUGUGGUCAUGCAACGUUAGCAUCUGCUCACGUUCUCUUCUCAGCUGGUUUGAUUGGUUCGGAAACAGUUGAGUUCGCCACAAGAUCAGGGAUUCUAACGGCUAAACAUCUCAAAAAGGAUGCAUCAAAAGAAGAAUCAUCAACCAUGUCCAUCGAAUUGGAUUUCCCUAUUGUUCCAACUUUUGAAGUCAACUACACUGAUGAUGAUCUCUCUUUGUUCUCCAAAGCCAUGAAUGGAGCUACCAUUGUUGAUGUUAAAGCCACAGAGAAAGACAUCCUCAUCGUGCUUCCAUCUUGGCAAUCUGUCGUUGAACUGCAGCCGAGACUAGAAGAGAUAUCGAAAUGCCCUUGUGAAGGAAUGAUGGUGAGUGCCGCUGCUUCUCCAGGAUCUACAUUUGAUUUCUGUAGUCGCUACUUUGCACCAAGAUUCGGAAUCAAUGAGGACCCUGUUACUGGAAGUGCGCACUGUGCCUUGGCACAUUACUGGAGCCCCAAGCUGAACAAGUGUGAUUUCUUGGCCUACCAGGCUUCAAGCAGAGGCGGAACUCUGAAGGUUCAUCUGGACAAAGAGAAGCAGAGGGUUCUACUGAGAGGCAAAGCAAUCACUGUAAUGGAAGGUUGCGUCUUAGUUUGAUUUAAAAAAAAAAACAUACACACGAUCGAUAAUAUGCAACGUCACAGUUUCGUGUUUCCUUUGUACUAAACCACUUAAAGUCUGAUAUCACCUUUACAGACUGCCUAAACUCAACUUUCAAAUGUUAACUAGGGAUCAGAAGAUAAGAUAUUAA